AUGGAUUCUGAGUUACAAGCUAUUAGAGAAGCCAGGUUGGCUCAGUUAAAAAGCAACAGCGGCGGCGCCAACAGCGAUAGGAAUAGCGGUACUAAUAGCGGUGGAGGCGACAAUUCUGCUCCAGUUGGUGCAGCUAUUGCAAAUUUCUUGGAGCCACAAGCUUUAGAAAGGUUGUCUCGAGUGGCAUUGGUUCGAAGGGAUAGAGCCCAAGCAGUAGAGACAUAUUUAAAGAAAUUGAUUGCUACAAACAAUGUCACGCAUAAAAUUACAGAAGGUGAAAUUGUUUCGAUCUUGAAUGGUAUCGCCAAGCAACAAAAUUCGCAAAGUAACAAUAAGAUUAUCUUCGAACGGAAAGACUUCAGCGAAGACCUAAAUUCAUUUGACAAGCAAAACGCCAAGAAUGAUGACGAAGAAGAAGAUGAUGACUUCUUUGAUUAG